AUGUCGAAUGUGUUUAACGAGAGUCCAAUAGACAAAGAUUGGAAUAAUAGUGAUUAUGAGAUCAAAGAGCAAGACCGGUUUUUGCCAAUUGCCAACGUUGGCCGUGUAAUGAAGAAAGCUUUACCCGAAAGAGCCAAACUAUCAAAAGAAUCAAAAGAGUGUGUUCAAGAAUGUGUCAGUGAAUUCAUUUCCUUCAUUACGAGUCAAGCGGCUGAUAAAUGUAAAUUAGAGAAACGGAAGACAUUAAAUGGUGAGGAUUUAUUAUGGGCAAUGUACACAUUGGGGUUUGAGAAUUAUUCGGAAACGCUCAAGAUAUAUCUUGCAAAGUAUCGACUGUAUGAGCAGCAGCAUGCGUCGAUUAAACCACCAAGAAGGAAAGUCCACAAGAAAAAGACGAAACUGGAAAAACAAUCAUUGGUGGAGGAAGAGACGGAAGAUGAAUACAAUGCCGAGUUUGACCAAGAUUUUGGUAAUAAUACACUCAAUGCAGCGAAAUAUUUCCAAGAAAACAAUUUGACCGAGUCAAGUUAUUCAGUUCCGGUAGCAGCAACACUGGGAGUUGCAUCAUCCUUCCCCUUACCUAAUGACUAUUUCCCAGGACAGGGUAUUGAAGAUACAGGUGCUGCGAGUCUACAAUACUUGACCCAACAAGACAUACAACAAGAGCAAUUGCCGCUAUUUCCUCAAGCAUAUACUCAACUGCAGCCGGGUGCCCAGGCACUACAUACGCAACUGCGAUCUGGACAGUUAUACACCCCACAAGAACAAGCUUAUAACAUGGGUGGCGUGAGCGAUGUACAGAAGCAACUAAAUCAGGAGGGCCAGGGCGUGGGGAUAGUUUUGAGGAGUUCAGUUCCACAAGCAAAUGCAAGACAUCGACAUCGUUAG